AGUUCGUCCAUUACGUGGAAGCGCCAUUGACAUUCAUCCAAAUGCUCAUUGGGAACAGAAUGGUGUCACUGUCGCUGGCGGAAAUGGAGAUGGCACUGGAACUAAUCAACUCAAGAAUCCAUAUGGUUUGUUUGUUGAUGAUGAACAAAUAAUUUAUGUCGCUGAUCAAGCGAAUCAUCGUAUUGUGGAAUGGAAAAGAGGUGCGACAAAUGGUCAAGUGGUUGCCGGUGGAAAUGGAGUAGGAAGCGAGGCUCAUCAAUUGGCUUAUCCACUGGAUGUGAUUGUUGACAAAGAGACAGAUAGUCUCAUUAUCUGCGAUUAA